AUGGCAGUCAAUUUCCCAGAAAUGGGUGCAGAUUCAGGACUGAGGCUGGUGGUAUUGGGGUUGACCGGGUCUGGGAAGACUGCAGCCAGAAACACUAUUCUAGGCAUACAGAAAAGAAGCCAGGCUAGAACACCUACAUCCACCCAGCACAGUAAAAGUACACAAGGGAAAGUGUUUGGGAGACAGGUGACUGUUGUGGACACCCCUGACUGGUUCAGCCCUGGACUCUCUCUGGAGGAGCUGAGGCAGGAUGUUAGAUUAUGUGUUUUUUUAUCUGCUCCAGGACCUCAUGCCUUGCUCCUGGUUAUUCCGCUUAAGCAAUCUACCGAAGAGGACAGAGGAAUGCAGGGGAAAAUGGAGCAGAUAUUUGGGGAAACAUGUUGGAAAAACACGAUGAUUCUUUUUACUGUUACUGAUGAACCUCAAAAAAAGAACAUUGGGGAGUUUAUACAGUCAGGAAACCAAGAAGUCAAAGAACUUUUAAAUAAAUGUGGAAACAGGUUCCAUUGCCUUAGUAUCAAGGAACAUGGGAAUAGAUCUCAGGUCUCAGAUUUGCUAAAGAAAAUAGAGAAGAUGGUUGAAGAAAACAGAGAGGGAUUCUACAGCAGUAAGAUCUACUUGAAGACUGAAUUUCAAAAUAAAGCAAUACAGGAAAAGGUUUGCAGGCCAAAAGAAGCAAAAAUAAUGAAAGAAGAGAAUGAAACAAAGGAACAACUAGUAAAAGAAGUGCAGGACUCUUUGAGCAAAACAGAGGAAUUAAUACAAGAGCAUGAGGAAGACAUCAGACAACUUAAGGACUCGACAGCUGAACUGGAGAGAAAGUUAAAAAACGAAAAUGAUCCAGAGAAAAAGAGGGAACUUGAGAGGAAGCUAAAACAAGAGGUUACAAAUAAAAUGACAAAAUUAGAAGAAAAAGCAAACAGAUUGAAAGAUAAAAGAAAGAUGGAAAAGUCUAUUUUGGCCUUAACGGCAAAGAUGCAUAAAGAGCUGAGCAGACAGGUUCAGAAAAACGAAGUACUUCUGACUGAAAAUGCGCAGAUCAUUCAGAUGAAGGAACAGGCACUGGAAGAGAAGGAAACACUUUUUCGAAAAUUAAUGGAGACUCAGUUACAGCUGAAGGAGACAAUGAAGGAGAUGGAAAUAAUGGAAAAUGUAAAGCUGAAGCUGAUGGACAUACUAGAUCAAAAGAAACCAGAGCUCAUGGAAAUAAACAAGAAACUUCAAGACCAGGAAAGACAAGAAGAUCUGCUAAUGAGUGGAAUAUCCUCUGGUGCAGGUUCUUCAGUGUAUGAUCUGCCAGAACUGAGGCUGGUGCUGCUGGGAAAGACUGAGUCUGGAAAGACUGCAUCAGGAAACACAAUCCUUGGCAGAGAGGAGAGGAGGGAGGCUGGAACAUCUACAUCCACUCAACAGAAAAAGCAGGACUUGCAGAGAAAGUUAGAUGGAGUAAUCCAGGAGCAUGAAAAAGAUAUCAGACAACUCAACGACCGAACAACUGAACUGGAGAGACAGAUGAAGAAAGAGAAGAAUAAAGAAAAAAAGAGAGAACUUAAGAGGGAGUUUCAGGUAAAGGUAGAAAGGAAGACAGCAAUGGAAGAAAACAAAAAGAGACUCAAAGAAGAGAAAGAAAAGGAGUUGAGAGAGAUGGAGGAAAGACACCAACAAGAGAUGGAGGAAAUCAGAGAGAUGUAUGAAAAAGAGUCAUGA